GAGACCGGCGGUGAUCUGAUUAUGAUUUUGAGUUAUAAAAUCUGCGUUGACAUCUUUACGUACUCCACAACAAUUCUUUAAAUUGUUCAAAAAAUGUCAGAAAAAAAGAAGUCAGUGCUUUUUAUAUGUUUAGGAAAUAUUUGUAGAUCUCCAAUGGCGGAAGGGGUGUUUCUUAACAUGCUUAAAGAGAAGAAAUUAACUGGCCAGUGGGAGGUUGAUAGCGCUGCUCUCGGUUCCUGGCAUGUUGGGAACGGCCCGGACAGUCGGACCAUGAAAACCCUGGAGAAACAUGGGCUCAUCGAUUAUAAACACAGGGCUAGGACGCUCUGUGAUGAGGAUUAUACGAAAUACGACGUCAUAUUCGGAAUGGAUGAUGAUAACAUGAGUGAACUUGCAGAACGUAAGCCUAAGAAGAGCACAACACGGCUGGAAAUGCUUGGGGAAUACGACCCAGAGGGGGAAAGAGUCAUUAGGGAUCCCUACUAUGACACACGUGGAGACAUGUCUGGUUUCGAGAAGGUUUACGAGCAGUGUGUGAGAUGCUGUAAGGCCUUUCUCGACAAAUCUUAAAAUAGAGACUACGCUUUGCUGUUAUUAUGAUUAUAAUGUGUGUUAGGGUUGAAAACCUUUCCAACGCCAAUUUUGCAUACAUAUAAUAUCUGAUGCUUAAGACUGCUGGGUCUCAGAGUCGCGCUUAUUUGUAUGAAUUAUUGUCUCCUUUUCGUCAACAGAUAUUAUUUUCUUAGCAAUUUUGUAGGGAAAUAUAAAUAUUCCCGGUGCUUUAUUAUAUCUCUACUGCUAGCGAUUGUUUCUAAUAAAGAUCAGCACAA